AUGGCGUCCCCACGGGAACUGACACAGAACCCCCUGAAGAAGAUCUGGAUGCCGUACAGCAAUGGACGGCCCGCUCUGCACGCCUGCCAGCGCGGUGUUUGCAUGACCAACUGCCCAACGCUCAUUGUCAUGGUGGGACUGCCUGCCAGGGGCAAGACCUACAUCUCCAAGAAGCUGACUCGCUACCUGAACUGGAUUGGCGUACCCACUCGGGAGUUCAACGUGGGCCAGUAUCGCCGGGACAUGGUCAAGACCUACAAAUCUUUUGAGUUUUUCCUUCCAGACAACGAAGAGGGCCUGAAAAUCAGGAAGCAGUGUGCGCUGACAGCCCUCCGAGAUGUUCGGCGGUUCCUUAGUGAGCAGGGGGGACACGUGGCGGUUUUUGAUGCAACAAAUACCACCCGGGAACGGAGAGCCACCAUCUUUAAUUUUGGGGAACAGAACGGCUACAAGACCUUUUUUGUCGAGUCCAUCUGUGUGGAUCCUGAGGUCAUAGCUGCCAACAUUGUGCAAGUGAAACUGGGCAGCCCUGACUACAUCAACCGCGAUAGUGACGAGGCCACAGAGGACUUCAUGAGGCGCAUUGAGUGCUAUGAGAAUUCGUAUGAGACGCUGGAUGAGGACCUGGACAGGGAUCUGUCCUACAUUAAGAUCAUGGACGUGGGGCAGAGCUACGUCGUGAACCGCGUGGCUGACCACAUCCAGAGCCGCAUCGUGUAUUACCUCAUGAACAUCCACGUGACGCCCCGCUCCAUCUACCUCUGCCGGCAUGGGGAGAGCGAGCUCAACCUCAAGGGCCGGAUCGGCGGGGACCCAGGGCUGUCCCCCCGGGGCAGGGAGUUUGCCAAGAGUCUGGCCCAGUUCAUCAGGGAUCAGAACAUCAAGGACCUAAAGGUCUGGACAAGCCAGAUGAAGAGGACAAUCCAGACGGCCGAGGCCCUGGGUGUGCCUUACGAGCAGUGGAAAGUUCUCAACGAGAUUGAUGCGGGCGUCUGUGAGGAAAUGACCUACGAGGAGAUUCAGGACCAUUAUCCACUGGAGUUUGCCCUGCGAGACCAAGACAAGUACCGGUACCGGUACCCCAAGGGGGAGUCCUACGAGGACCUAGUCCAGCGACUCGAGCCUGUCAUCAUGGAGCUGGAGCGGCAAGAGAACGUGCUGGUCAUCUGCCACCAGGCUGUGAUGCGCUGCCUCCUCGCCUACUUCCUUGACAAGGCGGCAGAGCAGCUGCCCUACCUCAAGUGUCCGCUGCACACGGUCCUGAAGCUGACCCCCGUGGCUUACGGUUGUAAAGUGGAGUCCAUAUUCCUGAAUGUGGCAGCCGUGAACACACACCGAGACAGGCCUCAGAAUGUAGACAUCUCUCGGCCUCCGGAGGAAGCCCUCGUCACGGUCCCGGCUCACCAGUGA